UCGUCGCGCACUGAUGACGUCGCUGCACCGUGUUGUGUGGCUUUAGCGCUAGCAAGCUAAAGUUUACGUUUGAUUCCUGAAUAAUGUAUAUAAAAAAACGUAUGUUCUUUGUUAAGAAGUGCUGCAUUUAAAUAUCGCUUUCUUCAUUUAUGAUACGAAGCGUUUCGAGAAAGGGAGAACGAUGACAGAUCUGUCAGGAUCUCUCAGCAGAGAAGGAUGGCACCUCACUGAUGCUGGGAUAGCACAACUCAAAGGCACGAAUGAGAAGGCUUCCCACAAUGACAUCAUCCGUAUAGCGCUUGAUAGUGAUCUGAGACCGAUCGGCCGGAAGGUGCUUCCUUCAGAGAUCAACAGUGGAAAAGUUGACAAGGUAGAGGGACCAUGUGUGCUGCAGGUGCAGAAGGUGAGGAACAUCGCGGCCCCUAAAGAGCAGGAGCAUUCCCAGGCGGCGCCCCGCAUGCUGCGCGUGCACAUGACAGACGGACACACCAGCUGCCCAGCGCUCGAAUACAAACAGCUGUCCAAGAUCAGUUUGAACACCCCUCCUGGAACGAAGGUGAAGCUACUUGGUACGGUCCAGGUUAGAAAUGGCUUCCUGCUCCUGGAGGAUUCCAAGAUUUGUGUCCUGGGAGGGGAGGUUCAGUUCAUGGUGGAGAAAUGGGAACUGCAGAGGAGUUUGGCCAAACACAGCCGGAGUAACAUCGGAGCAGAAGGAGGACCUCCGCCCUUCGUACCGUUUGGACAGAAGUGUGUGAGGCAGGAGGAGGUGGACAGUAAGGCCCUGGACCGGAGGAAGACCCUUCAGAGCCCCACCCCCCUCAAGCCCGAGGAGAACGAGCAGUUUGAGAAGCAGCGCACGGCCGCCAUUGCUGAGGUUGCCAAGACCAAGGAGGCUCCUCGCACAUUUGGCGGCGGGGGAAAUGCUGGCGGGAACCUGAUUAGCAGUGGCUCCUCCUACCGCGGCCGAGACUCCCACGCGUACCGCCAACGAGAGGAUCGAAGCGAGUGGACGGAGAGGAGCGACAGCCGACAAGAUGGGAACUACAGGGAGCCAGGGAGGGAGAGCAGACAGGAUGGGAACUACAGGGAGCUGGUGGAUGAGCGGGCCCUGAAGGACAUCAUGGAGAUGGGCUUUGAUAAAGAGGACGCUCGGGUGGCUCUGAUGGACCACAACAACAACUUGGAGGCUGCUCUGAAUAGCCUGCUGACUGCAGCCACUAGCCCUGCCCCUAGCCCCACCCCUAGCCAGGGCCCAAGCAGACACGGCUCGUCCUACGACAUGCACGGGUCCGACCCCGGCAGGCCCCCACCCAGGGGCAGGGGCAGGGGCAGGGGCAGGGGGAGAGGGCGGUCGAGGGGUGAGGAUGAAGAAGAUGGAGAGGGAGCAGGUGGAAGGCCGUCUGGACCCAGCACGCUGUUCGACUUCUUGGAGUCAAAGAUAGGAUCGUUCUCCAUCAAUGAUUCUAAGCCCCAGGAGCCAGCAGGGAGGCCCCAGGACGGGAGAUCUUCCUUCUCCUCCUCCUCGGACCUCCACUCCUCUUCCAGAGCCUCUUUCUCCCAGCGGACCCCCAGACCCCCACGCUUCAACAGGGACACAGACUUCCCCCGGCCUGGCCAAGACCCUCACGCCACCUCCACGGCCCACCAGGGCUCCACCCACUGGCCUGGCCCCGACAGAGGCCCUCGUGGUGGGACCGACCGCUUGCCCAGCGGCCGCAGGGACUUCCAGAACGACCACAACACCAGCACCUCUUCCUUUUCAUCAUCCACGUCUGUGCUCGGCCAGCCCAAGGUUCCCCCGCCCCCACCAACCUCACGCUCAGAGAGCUUCCACCAGCCGGCCCCACGCUCAGAGAGCUUCCACCAGCCGGCACCACGCUCAGAGAGCUUCCACCAGCCGGCCCCACGCUCAGAGAGCUUCCACCAGCCGGCCCCACGCUCAGAGAGCUUCCACCAGCCGGCCCCACGCUCAGAGAGCUUCCACCAGCCGGCCCCACGCUCAGAGAGCUUCCACCAGCCGGCCCCACGCUCAGAGAGCUUCCACCAGCCGGCCCCACGCUCAGAGAGCUUCCACCAGCCGGCCCCACGCUCAGAGAGCUUCCACCAGCCGGCACCACGCUCAGAGAGCUUCCACCAGCCGGCCCCACGCUCAGAGAGCUUCCACCAGCCGGCCCCACGCUCAGAGAGCUUCCACCAGCCGGCAUCACGCUCGGAGAGCUUCCACCAGCGCAAUGCUCGCAAUGGAGAAGUUGGCGCAGGGGAAUCGAACCACCGAAGAGGCCCCAGAGAGAACUCUGCGAUGCCCAAGCUCGGUGAUCCACCAGCGCCUGAGGGCAGGGGGGUGGGAGUGACGAGACGCAGCGACUACAGAGCCGAAGAUCCCGGUAGGAGGCGAGCGGGGAGGGGGGACCGGCCGAUCUCGUGGACGGAGACGCCCGCCGCGGUGACCGACCAGGACGUCGGGGGCGUGUCCCGGGACACGCGGCCCAAUAGGGGUGCGGAUCCUGCCCUCAAUGGGGACUGGGAGCAGAGGAGAACCGGGCCCAUCAAACCUGACGUCACGGCGACGCCCUUCCGUAGAGAAGACCCUCCCCCCCAGGCCAGGAGGAUCCCCCCACACACGGGACCCAUCAAACCCGACAUCGUCGCAGCACUCCCCAGAGACGCCCCUCCUCCCAAGAGAACUGCCUCCCAGAGAGGGCCCAGCCAGGGAAGGCCAGGCCAAAAGCCAGUCCAGGACAAAAUCCAAGGUCCUAAGGGGUCGGAGAAAGGUCACACGGGGGAGUCAUCGUGGAAACCAGGAGACCAGUGUAUGGCACCCUACUGGGAAGAUGGCAAGUUCUACCGAGCGAGGAUCGAUGCGGUGCACGCCUCCGGCUGCACAGCGGUGGUGGUCUUCAGCGACUUCGGCAACUGUGAAGAGGUCCUACUGCACAGCAUCAAAUCUGCAGCCCCGGGCCCCUGGGAGGAAGACGACGGUUGCUAUGACGACUCGAUGGAGUUUCGUGACGGCGGCGACGGACAGAUGCGGACGGCUCGACCCACGCAGCAAUAUUACCAGCCCCCUCGGGCGCGGGACUAGCCACGCCCCCCAGCUAGUCAGCCACGCCCCCACCCCGAAAGCGCCAGUAGGUUACAUAAGGGCUGAGCUCAACACCUUGUUAAAACAAGACACGAUCACAGAACUGUUUGCACGUUGGCAUCCCGGGUGGGGAAAAUAUGUAGCAUUAUUAAAAUGAUAACUCGUUUUUGUGAUGUGUUAUUAAAGUGCACGCAUAAACCAAAAAACUCACUUGAACUUGACAUAACUGAAGCCAAGACAAACUCUAGCGAGUGGAAGUGGAAUCAAAAUUUUGCCACAUUUAUUUAUUCUCACCUUCAAGUUGCACUUGGAGGUUAGCUUAAUGUGUGCUACCAUUGUACCAAACGUUUCCUAUCCAUAUGGUAGAGAAGAUACAGCAGGUAGGAGCUUCUAAAGUCCCCACUUGUGAUCACCUGAAAUGCAGACAGGGUAGCAGGUGAUUUCUGACUAUUAAGCUCCAUAUAUUUGAUGAAUUUUUUUUUUAAAGGUCUUAAGGUUCUUUAUGUACAAGCAGAUGUGCCUAAUGAUUGGUAGGCACAGGAUAACCACUACUAAUCCCUUAGUGCAGUACGAUGCGCUGACAUCCACCGGGACACAGAUAUAAAAAUCUGCUUCAGAACUAGAAAUUGCGGUCUAAAACAGGUCGGGAGCCACUGUUUUAGUGUAUGGUCAACCAAUAAUAAUCCCAGCCCCCACCAACACAGCUGAGGCUCUUGGGAUGCAUUGGGGCACAGACUUGUAUAACUUCACAGAAGUUUACAUUACAGGAGACGGUUUACAUGGAGUAAGGACUUUUUUUAAAGAAGCAUUUUAUUGUGUGCUUAGUAAUCACCUGUUGUUUUUUUCUAUCAAUCUAUAUCCACACUUGUUUCAGUGAGAAAGAAACACUCUUUCCUCGAUGUUCCCGAGUUCUUCCUGACUAACGAAGGCUCCGCAUCUUCCCAAAGAUGGAGAAGACUUUUUCAAAGGGCUUUGGACAAGAGCUAAACUAAUAACCUGACGUCAAUUUCCAAGGACUUUGUUACGGACUCUUAUCUCUUGUAAAUUGUAUGAGGGUUUAUAGACCGCCUGCAUUAUCAUGUUAAUAAACUACAGUUGCAAAUAUC